GGUGGAAAGGCAUCAAACCGACUGUCGCCAUUCUCUCGCGAGGAAUUUCCAACCCUGCAGGCGGCUGGGGACCAGGACAAGAGUGGGCACGACCAGGGCACCUCCGCUGUGUCGUAUGGGCCCGGACCAAGCCUCCGCCCCCAAAGUGGGUCUUUAUUUAAUUUUUUAUAAAUGUUGCACUCUACCUAUUGAAAACCGUGUUUUUUUUUUUCACUGUAAUACAGUGGAUGUGAUGUCCAUUGUCUCUGUAGCGCAGUACAUGAUAUCCUGUGUUUCUGUUGUGCAGUGUAUCUGAUGUUCAGUGUGUUGGUGUUCCGUGAAGCAGAGUGCGUAACAUUGUGUGUUCAUGUCAUUGUAGUGCUCUAUUGUUUUAUAUUUUUUGACUUGUUUUGUUUUGUUCAAUUUCUCUACAUUUAUUUUUCACCACAGAUGCAACGAACUGGAGGGACGGGGGUGGGAGGGGUGGGCUUGCUCCGGGCUCCAUGGAUGGUGAAAACCGCGAACUCCUAGCAGAUGCGGCUCACCCACCCAACUGUGAGCCGGCCCCCCGUCCAGGGCUGCCUGGCCCCACACCCCAACAGUUCCCUCCAUACCGGGGGAUGCUGGCACCAUUUGUAAGUAACAUGUAGCAUUCAUUCGCUUGCAUUUUCUUUCUUUUCUUCCACUACAGUUUUACUUACAUUUUUAUGAAUGUAACUUUAUUUUUAAACUAAUUCUUCCUUCCUUUCCUCUUGCUUUGUGUGUUUCUCUUUUUAUUGUAUGUUCCAGAUGUAUCCCCCAUACCUGCCAUUCCCUCCUCCUUAUGGGCCACAGGGUGCUUUCCGUUUCCAUGGACCGGAUGCUCCCAGGUAACAUUAUUAGUCAUUUAAAAUCUGUUCUGCAUUUGUAGAUAUAAACAUGUCAGAAGAAACCGUUUUCCUCCCCUGUAAUCAGAUUGUUGGGGAAGGGGGAGCAAGGCUUGACAGCACUGAUGGCAUUAUUUGGGGUUUGUACAUGGUGGCAGCCAGUUGCUUCCAUUUUGGUUGAUCCCAUUAUACAACACUGCAAAAUAUGUUGAUGCUCUUAAGUAAUCCAAGUAGUAGACUCCUGGUAUUUAACAUGACAUUGUAUAUUACAGCAUUGCUUAGGUGGUUCUAAAGUAUUUUUAAUAUGUUACUUUAACAUAUCUUAUCUGGAACUCAUGCUAGAGGAAUACAUGAUUGACCUUUAUCUCCCCUGAAUCCUUAACCAGUCCCCCCAGGGCAACAUGCCACAAAUUAGUAGCAUAAAGCAGUUGGUAAUAACUCGUUAAUAUUGUCAUGACAUAAAGCUAUCUUGGUGGGAUUCUUUGGAAUGUACUGUGGUUAAAGAUGUCUAUUCUUCGAUGGCUUUAGGUUCCCACGACUGGCCCCUCCUCGUGCCCCUCACACAGCUCCCAGGAUGCCUGAUCCUGUGAAUCGCCCAUCCAUUUUAAAGCAAGAUGAUCUGAAAGAAUUUGAUGAACUUGAACAGGAAGCGGAUGAUGGAUGGGCAGGUGAGGGAAUGGUGUAUUUUCAAGGAUAUAUGUCAUUGUAUCUAUACAUGUGAAAGGUGCUUGCUUAAUUUUGUCUGUCUUGUAACAGGGGCUCACGAAGAGGUGGAUUACACAGAAAAGCUGAAAUUCAGCGAUGAUGAGGACGGGAAAGAUACAGACACUGAAGAGAAAAGGUUGGUGUUUUUUUGUUUGCAUUCUUUUGUUUUUCCACCUGUUUUCUUUGGUCUCUCAUCAAUCAUUCCUCCAGGUCUGUCAGUAGUUUGUUUUGGUUCAUUUGUUUCUGCAUUAAAGGGCUGAAAAUAUUUGUACUUGUACUAAAAACGUACAACCUUUAUUAUUUACUCAGGGACUUUACAGACCCGAAAACUGAACAGGCGUCUGCCCCUCCGCCACAGAAGGUGGUCGAACCUUCAGAUGCACGGAAGGGUACUCCCACAGAGGAGAAGCCUCCUUCUGCUAAGGCAGCCUGGACAGAGGUGCCCAGAGCACCAGAACCCAUACAAGCGCCUGUCCCAACUGCCCCACCCGCUCAGAGGGGUGUGUCUUCACAACGUGGGCCGCAGCCUGAACACAAGGUAAUUGCCAUGUGUUGUGAAUGUUGUACAUUCUACGUUUGAAAACCGAAUAAUUGCUCCAGUGUACUGCAGACACAUCUGGGUAAAUUCAGGACAGUUACUGUUAAUACUUGGCUUUCUUGUGUUUGUUGAACAUGCUCCUCUGAUUAUCAGCCAGACCUGUACCUUUUAAAGCUCUAGAUCAGGGCUAUCUAACUGGUGGCCCACCAGGCUUUGUCCAUUAAAUAUUUUUUAACAUAGUUUUAUUAAAUGGCACUGACUCUUCUGUUGUUGGUGUUUUGUAGAAGCAGUGACAGCUGUGUAUCCAGCAAGCUUGUUUCUUGCUGCAUUCAGAAUGAGAAAGGUUAUUAGUGAGUGUUGGUGGUGGGAUGUCACAUCCAUUCCAUUUACUUUACAGGCUCCUCUCACUCAACGUAUGGCUGUGUGAGGAAAGGGCAUAUGUAGGUUGUAAGAUAAGGAAGUGUAAUAUGCUGCAAGCCGAAAAAUAUCAAAUAGUGAUUUAUAUGUCCUAUAUAUCACACCCUCGGUGGUUUAUGAACUAGCCUGACUGAGGAGAGAAAUGGACAUAAAUAAGAAUUGGAGAAGCAAGAGGAGAAAAUGGUGGGGUAAUGGAGAAUGAUUUGUGAAAAGUGACCAUUUUUAAAUAUGCUUUUCUCCCAGGAGAAGCAGACUGCACCCCCACCAGUAGUGGAAGAUGAAGACGAGGCAUGGCGACAGCGUAGGAAGCAAUCUUCCUCUGAAAUCUCACAGGCAGUGGAACGUGCAAGGAGAAGGAGAGAGGAAGAAGAGCGCAGGAUGGAGGAAGAGAGGCGCGCCGCAUGUGCUGAGAAGCUGAAACGCCUGGAUAUGAAGAGGCGGCCUGCUCCAGAGGAGCCUGAAGCAGCUCCGAGAGCGCGAAGUGUAGGUGCAGAAGAGGCCGAGCAGCGCAGUCAGACUCCUCCAGGUAAUGAUGUUACAGAACCCGUUAAGUAUGUGUAUCUAAUAAACUCUGUUUAACGUAGUCUAAUCCUUGGAGAGAGAGAGCCUUAUUGCUGACAUGUCUCUGUGUGAAAAGCUGCUAGCACAUGCUGUAUACCUGCACAUUUACUUUCCUGUCUGAAAUGAACAAAGGAUUUGAACAUUUUACUUUGAAAUAGCUGAGGAAAAUAUUUUCACUAUGGAUAUGUUGCCCAAGAGGGUAGGCAACUUUUGGCACUCCAGAUGUUGUGGACUACAUCUCCCAUAAUACUCUUCCUGUUAUAAUCCUGGCAAAGCAUCAGGGGAGAUGAAGCUCACACCACCUGGAAGUUGAAGGUUGACAACCCUUGUCAUUACUUAGAAAUUUCAGCUUUUGUGAGUAAACCUGUGUGAAUUAAAAAACAAGGUAUAGUAGUAAUCCCAACAUCUCCCCUUUUCUCCCUCAUUAGUUAUGGAAACCCCACCUGCUGUUGUGACUGUGCCGCAGCCUGCAGUUGUUCCUAUACCUCCAGAAUCUCCUCCAGUGAAGGUAGAGCCAGCCUCCCCUUCCCAAGCAGACAUUAAACCGGAGCCAGCCCCACCAACCAGUCGCCCACCCCCUGCAGGGCCGUCGCAGGUGGGAUACAGUAAAUUUCAGAAGAGCCUGCCUCCUCGAUUUCAGCGCCAGCAGCAGGUACAGUAUAGGUUUGCUGUGGGAUUAUCAGCAAGGACCUGAUGGAAUUUAGAUGUAAAUAAAUUAACCAAUAUAUCUCUAAAUACUCUUAUAAUCUGGGUUAUUCACUAAAGCAACAUUAUUGUGAAUUAACAAAGUAGUUGCAAAGUUAAGGAAAAAUUAAAGCUGAAAAAUGGCUCACUUGGAGAAAUGGAUUUCUCUCUAUUUCUUGCACACAGUUUGGCAAGUAUCUGUAAUUCCAGGCUAUUUUAAAUAAACAGCUUUUGAUCUAAGUGUUGGUAUCUGAAACUGAACCAUAUGGCCAGCCGAGAUAUGUUUUAUAGAAUUGCGAAAUGUAACCUCCAAUAACAGAGGUGUUGCUAUUCCAUUAUGUUGACUUUGGUGCAGUUUAUAUUUGUAAAAUGUGGACAAAGUCCAGUCAGACCAAGCUGUGAUUCUGACAUGUAAACAUUCUUUGACUCCUUCCCUGGUAGAAAAUGCUAAGCCAGAGGGGAAACGUUGAUGUUCUAUUGCCCUGCACAGAUUUCCAGUUAGCUUUUAUUUUCAUUUACUUCUAGCUAGAUAUUGUUGGUAACAUUUCCUGCAUUUUAGUUACCCUGUCUGCACCUUUAUUAUUUUUACUUCCUUUUAAACGGCUAUUAUUUAAUAUUAUUUUGCAGUGUCAUGGUGCAAGAGUGAAACUUUGUUGUUCCUUUAGAAAAAAGGGGAAAAAAUGUAUGUUGCCAAACAUACACAGAGUUAUUUACUAAAAUGAGAAUUCACAGUGCAUUUCAAAUUUAAGACCAGAGUAGCCAAACCGAGAGAAUUCUUUAUAGGUUGGCUAUUUUUUUACAUGAAAGGGACAGUAUAGUCACCAGAACAACUACAGCAUAAUGUGGAAGAAAAUAUGUGAGGGGAAAAACGUCUCCAUAGUAAGGACGGAGUCUCCCUGGAUAUUAAUGUAGUAUCCUGAAUGGACGAGGGAUCAAUGUAGUGAUAUUAAAGGACCACUAUAGUGCCAGGAAAACAAACUCCUUCUCCUGGCACUACAUAGUCCUAAGGUCCCCUCCCACUUACCUUAAUCCAGCACGGGCUCCCUCGGCACUGGUGACCUCUCCCCCAAGUGGAGAUAACUCAAUGCUUUCCUAUGGACGUUCUGUGUGCUCAGUGUAAUUUUCGCAUUCAGCUUCGCAGAAGCGCCACUAGAGGCUGGAUUAACCAUGCAAUGUAAACAUAGCAGUUUCUCGGAAACUGCUAUGUUUACAGCUUUAGUGUUAAAACCUGGGGGACCUGGCACUCAGACCACUUCAUUGAGCUGAAGUUGUCUGGGUGACGAUAGUGGUCCUUUAAGAGUAACACCACCAAUGCGGGAAUUAAGAUUAAUAGUUAAUCAUGUGCUAUAAAUGUCUAUAUAUAUCAAGCCUUGUAAGGCUAUCCUCUGCCUCUUACAAUAGUCCAAUGACCAAAGGAAAUACUGAUUCUAAUAAAAAAACAAUCAGCAAAUAACUGGCUUUAUUGUUGGUGUCUAACUUAGGCUGAGAAGGAAGGAAGAAGUAGGUUCUAGUAAGAUAUAGUACUGGGAGGGUAACAGUAUACAGAUGCUGAUUAUCCUCUGUAAAUCAAUAGUUAGGAAAUAUAUAUAUAUAUAGCUUGAAUAAUAUUCACAGGGAGCUCGUUUGGCUAAUAGUAUGUCCACUGGCUCACUUUUAAAGAAAAUUGCACCUAAUAAGCACAAAGCAGCCAGCCCCAUCGAUCAAUAUGAUCACUAGGGACCAUGAUGUAUAGGAUAGAUAGAAGAUAAGAACAGCCUGUCUCCCUUUAAAUCUUACUAGACAGGUAGAGGAAAAAAGUGAAAAUGUUAGAGGUUUAUUAAAGCAUCAUGUCGCUAGGCAUGUUGGAGAUAACCAGACAUGUCAAACAAAUACAAAAUGUAAGAAAUAAAGUUUAAAAACCGGCAAACAACCCGACGUGCGUUUAGGUGCUAAGGUAGAUGCACCUUUGUCAGGGGAAAAAGGGUGAGUUCUGGUGAGUAUAGUCAGUCUUUCAGAGAAAAUUUUACAUUACAGCCUAGGAACACUUCUAGUAGUCACUCCUCAGAUGACCAAUAGAUGUGCUUCCUGGGUCAGCGCUGCACAGUAUGCAGCACUGACGCUCGGCAUGGAGAUGCUGAACCUUUCCCAUAGAGAUACAUUAAUUCAGUGCAUCUCUAUGAGGAGAUGCUGAUUCGUCAGGGCGGCAUUUUGACAAUCUCAGCCAGUCCAAUGGGAAAGCAUUUUGAUUAGCUGAGAUCAUCAAUGCUGAUGAUGUCAGCCAAGGAGGUGGAUCGGAGUGGGGCCAGACACGAGGUGCCUCAGGCGUAGCUGAAUUAAAGGUCAGUAGAUCACCCUUCUAACCAGGGAUAAGGGGGCCAACUAGCUAAACGGUGGUUUUAGAACUAUAGUGUCAGGAAUACACAGUAGUGUUCUUGACACUAUAGUUGCCCCUUUAAAUUUUAAAUCAACUUUGAAUUCUCACUUUAGUUAAUAACCCUGACAGUGUUAUUCACUGAAGUUUAAAUUGUUAGUGGGUUUGAGUAUUUUGCCCUAAAAUGCAGAGCUCUUGACAGUUCACACUUAAGUGGAUAGCUCUGUUAAAUCAGUCUUAAUUUAUUUCAGUUUUUAUUUAGUGCUAUUUCUAAUUAUGAUGUAACUCUUGCAGCAAAUGAUUCACUUUUUAACAGUACAGUUAUUAUUACUAAUUCAUAAAAUAAUUAUAUAUUUUUCAAUUUGUUAAUCAAUAUGCUUUUUUUGUUUCAUUACUUAUAAUGCACAUGUUUUACAUCCCUGAAUGGGUUUGUGCUAAAGGCGGAAGAUGAAGCUUUGUGAUUCAGAGGCUCAAAAUAAGAUUGACUAUACUCAGUCUCUUUUAUUCUUGUUUAGGAAAUCAGACUUUGUAUUAACCCCCCAAUAAAGCUAAGCCAUUUUAAAUUAGCACAUUCAGGACUGAACUCCAAUUUUUUAAAUUGAUGCUCUUUAAGUAGGUAUAUUAGGUAUAUUGCAAUGUUGAGACAUACAGGGCUGGUCUCACAUUUUCUAAAAUAUAGACACAUCCUCUACUCCCCUUUAGGAGCAACUGAUGAAACAGUGGCAACAGAGCAGGGAGCCAACCCCUCCUUCUCCUUCUGGACCGUCUCCAACUUCUCACCCACCACCAGCGCCUUCCCAGCAGCCUCUUCAAAAAAACAUUUAUGGUGGAGGAGGUUCUCUAGGUCGGACUACUCCUGUACCUGCUCCACAGCCUACAGCCCCCCUGCCACCUCCUCAUGUGAGCUAUGACCCUCGCUGGGUAAUGGUGCCACCUUUCAUUGACCCACGCCUCAUGCAGGGGAGGCCCCUGGACUAUUAUACCCCAACCGCAGGGGUACAUCCAACAGGUAAGUGUAAGGGGAAAGGAAAUGCAUUCUUUUAAAAGAUUAUGGAGUGUAUGAGUUGGAAAGAUGUUGUAGAAAUAAACUUUAAUUUUGACACACAUCGGCUCUGUAUUCAAACGAGCAUGAAUUUAGCAGGGGCUACCCGAUGGACAGUGUGAGGAAUCGGUUUAUGCAGGUGCUAUCUUUCUGUAAAUCACAAUUUAUUCUUGUAAUAUUUGAGUUUUUGUCACUCUUUAAAUUCUAGGGCUGAUGUCCCGGGAGCGUUCGGACAGUGGAGGUUCUGGGUCAGAUGGCUAUGAGCGUCACCCGCCACUUAUCAGGGAGCGUGGAACUCCUCCGACUGACCCCAAAAUUAUAUGGGGUGGUGAGAUGUAUAAUCCUCCUGAGGCAAGACCUCUUGCAUCUCCUCUGCGGCCUAAUCCAGAAGAGGAGGGAAGGGACAUUAGGUAAGCAGUACUAAGGGUGAUAGAAAUUAAAGAGAUACAAACCUUUUUAUCUUUUUCUGCCCAUGCAGCCUUAGCCAUACCUCCUCUGGCUGUGACUCACACAGCCUGCAUGGAAAAAAUAGUUUCAUUUUUCAAUCAGUUGUUAACUUAUCUGCUGCUUUGUAAAUUGAACUUGAAAUCACACACAGGAGGCUCCUGCAGGGUCUAUGACUGAGGUUAUAGUACGUGAGAAAAAAUUAUAAAUUAAAAAGAAUUUGUGAUAAAGGAAGUUUAAACAUUAUAUAUCUAUACAGGAAGUGUUUCAAUGCCUAAAUGGCAAAGAAUUGAGCAGUGAGACUGCAUUGGCUUGAUCUAUACAUCAAAACUGCUUUAUUAAGUUAUUUUGGUGCCUGUAGUAUCCCUUUAAGCAUUGGAAGGCAAUUAACUACUAGAUACAGAACCUCAGUAGUAAUACUGCUGUUUAAUUAUUACAGAGUGCUAAAACUAUUCUUACUCUGAAAUAGUUGAGCUUUUUAAAACAAAGUAAAAAUUAUCUAUGUUAUUUCUCACCAUUAUGGAAUGCACAAUACCACAACACAUUUCACUUUUAUUCUUUCAGGAGUGAAACUCCCCCAAUUCGCACUCUUCCUCCACAACAUCCGCAGUCUUCCACAUACCUGGGAAAUUACUCUUACCCAGAAAAUGCUGCUGCGGCUACUCAGCAGCCACAUGUUGGACAUGGACAUCGCUACACUUUGGAUGAACAACGCACCUGGCAUCAGCAACAAAAUCAUGCUGCUCCACAGCAUCCCACAUCUACUCCAACUGCUGAGCAGAGACGCCCUGAGGUGGUACCAUCUCCAUCUCCAGCCCCUGCACCUAUCUCCCAGCCUCGACCAGUGGAUGAUGAACCAGUCAUACUUCGGAGAGAGGUUUCCAUUCCUGCUUCUCAGCCAGAGGCAGCUUCCAAACCUGAGGCUUGCAAUGCACGACACAAGGAAGACAGGAAAGAAAUUGCUAAGGAAGAACCAGUGACAGAGAGACAAACUGGGAGACAUGAGAGACAAGGCGGUCGCCCAGAUUAUCACAAGCCGAUACCACGCCGUGAGUCCAAGACUGAAACACGCUGGGGUCCAAGGCCUGGAGGUGGAGGAAACCGAAAACAAGAGGAACCUGCUACUGUUGGAGGUGGUUCUUCUCAAACACCUUCCCAACGCCGAGUAGGCCCCAUAAAAAGAGCAGUAAAGCGAGAGGAGACUGUAGCCACUGAGCGUCACGAAGGUAGAAUUACUCAAGCACCACCAGCUGCUUCAGAGCCACAAAAACCUAAACAAGUUGGCCAGCCUUCCCGGGAAGGAGAACCUGCAGCAGUAUCUCCCUCGCGUAGAAGGAAAGAAACAACUCCGUUGAUGCCUGCGAGGGGCUCUCCUGCCUUGUCUUCAGUGUCCCGGGGCCGUGGAAGAGGGGAAUACUUUGCUCGAGGAAGGGGAUUCCGUGGGGCAUAUAGUGGACGGGGACGGGGAGGUAGGGGCAGAAGCCGAGAGUUUCGGGGUGGCUACCGUAGGGAGAGCCCCUUUUACAGAGAAGAUGGUGAUGUUGAGAGCAAAUCUAUACGUGACCCAGGAGGCCGGGAACGUAAUGCUAGUGAAACCCGGAGUGAGGGCUCAGAGUAUGAAGAGGUGCCCAAAAGAAGGCGGCAGCGUGGGUCUGAGACUGGUAGUGAGACUGAGCCAGCUGCGUCUGAAAAAGAAGUGGGAAAAGUAGGACUGCAACACCAUCAUCAACAGAAUGAGGUUUUGGUAUCCAACCAUCAGCGCCAUCCAGAUAAAGGUAGAGAUUCUGGCAGGGGUCGUACCUUUACACCUAGGGGGGUGCCAUCAAGAAGAGGCCGAGGAGGAGCACCUAUGGUUUCUGUAGCAUGGAAUCCUCACCCUAAGCAUCAGCCCGCACAACCUCAACUUCCUCCUACCCAGCCGCCACCUCAGCCACAUAAACUAGAGAGGAAAAAUGAAAAGGUGCUGGUCAGUGAAGGACCUCCUGUUUCCAACGAGGAACGUCCACCACCACCACCCAGGAGGCGACGUCACCAUGGAAGAUCUCAACAGCAAGAUAAACCUCCCCGAUUCCGUAGACUGAAACAGGAGAGAGAGAAUGCUGCCCGAGCAGGGAAUGGAGGAGGGCAGCAGCCACCGCCAACACAGCAACAGCUCACGCAGGAGCAGCACCAACGUCCUGCUCAAAAUGAGGAGGAUCGUAUAAUUGUUCGCAGAGGGCAUAAAUCGCCCGAGCCAUGUAAUGCCAAUUCCGAUCAGGCUAAUGAAGAGUGGGAGACAGCUUCUGAGAGCAGUGACUUCACAGAAAAAAAGGAGAGAGGUGAGGUUCUUCAGAAUGGAGGCAGCAUUACUACUUCAACCAUUAUAGGAGGAGGAAGAGAUCAAAGGAAGGAUUUAUCAAAAAGAAGCUUCUCCAGCCAAAGGCCAGUUAUGGAAAGGCAGAACCGCAGACCCAUGCAUCCAGCCGGGCCAAGAACAGGCCGUGGGGGAGGAGGUGGCGGUAAAAGUGGAGAAAAAAGAAACUGGCCUUCUCCUAGAAAUAGGGGGUAAGUUAUCAUUUGGCAAACCACUGCAGUUUUGUCAGCUAUAUGUUCUCUUUUAGCAAAGCGUGAUUAAAACCAAUCAUUAUCAUGUUUUAAGGGGAAGGACAAAUGAAGACCGCCCUCCACCUUCAGUUCCUCUGUCACAUUCUGCUUCCAGCACUAGCGCUGUGUAUCGUGUAGACCGGGUCAUCCACAGCAACCCAGUGGGCAUACAGCAGGCACUGAAUGAACUUGGACAGAGACACAACAAACCUGCCCCUGCAAACAAUAACAUGGAUUCCUCUGGAGGGCGCUGUCAACAACGAGCAGGUUAGAGACAACUUUGUGUUGUUUGUGACUUAGGGCAAUGAGCAAACAGAGUGUGACCGGGAGACUGAGGGCAAUGAGCAAACAGUGUGUGACCGGGAGACUGAGGGCAAUGAGCAAACAGAGUGUGACCGGGAGACUGAGGGCAAUGAGCAGUGUGACCGGGAGACUGAGGGCAAUGAGCAAACGGAGUGUGACUGAGGGCAAUGAGCAAACGAAGUGUGACCGGGAGACUGAGGGCAAUGAGCAAACGGAGUGUGACCGGGAGACUGAGGGCAAUGAGCAAAUGGAGUGUGACUGAGGGCAAUGAGCAAACAGUGUGACCGGGGGACUGAGGGCAAUGAGCAAACAGAGUGUGACCGGGAGGCUGAGGGCAAUGAGCAAACAGAGUGUGACUGAGGGCAAUGAGCAAACAGUGUGACCGGGAGACUGAGGGCAAUGAGCAAACAGAGUGUGACCGGGAGACUGAGGGCAACUUAGUAAAGGAGUAAAGCAGACCUGGGAACUGAGAACAACGAGCAAACUGAGUGUGACUGAGGGCAAUGAGCAAACAGAGUGUGACCGGGAGACUGAGGGCAACUUCGUAAAGGAGUAAAGCAGACCUGGGAACUGAGAACAACGAGCAAACUGAGUGUGACAGAUAUGUGGUCUCGGGACAGAGAGGAAAGGGUGUGUGAGCACUAAGGGCAACAAGCAUAUGUAGUGUGACAGAUCUCAGGACAUUGGGCAAACUGAGUUAGAGACAUUUGAACUAGAUCUAUUAAGCAGGUUGCUCUCUUUCAGACUCUCUCCUUGAUACUCGCCAUGAAUCCGUAAAUGAAACAUUUGCUGUACCAUUACCAAAACGCGCAACGCGGCCUCGGAGAAGCAGAGAUAUAGCACCAGAGGUAAGGUUGCUGUGCAGUCCAAAUAUGAAUAUAGUGUAAAUGGUGUUACACGGCAUUAUUGUGCAUAACGCGUAUAUCGGCUUUAUUUUGAGUCUGUUGCACAGUAUUGUAGUGUAAUGGUCUUAUUACAAGUUACUGCUGAGCAUUGUUUUUCAACAUUGUUCUACAGUUCUAUAUUGAAUAGGUGCUGUUCUGUGUUAUGCUGAUGUAACUGCUUCUGUUACGCAUAAUAGUAGUGUAAAUGAUACACAAAGGGUUUUCUGUCUGUCUUUUACAUACAUGAAUUUUCCCCUCUUCUAGAAUGUGCACUUUUCUGGAGCACCUGUUAGCAGCAGGCGCUGGCAAGAGUCGGUUACACGGAAUCACCACCCAGAAACCCUUGCUCCACGUGUCUGGAGCAGAGAUCAGAGCAGUAAGUCUGUCACUAGAUGAUGGGUGUGGUUAAAGUAAUUCUGGAUUGUGGCUUAUAAUGUGAUUUAACGUUCCUUACCUAAUUGACUUGGUUCCAUUUGAUGUUGUAUAAGUGUGUUCUCUGUGAUAUGUUUAGUACAGUCACCAUGAAUUAUGCAUGGAUUUAUUUCUUUCUCUUAUUACAAUAUCCCUUAUCCCUCGUUCAAAAGUUUUUCUCCUUUUCUCAGAUGAUCGAGGGAAGUUGGGUCCAUCUUACUCCAUGGAGCCAUGGAUGGAGCCUCUGACUGGCUAUGAAGAUCCUAUAAACACAGAGGUAAACAAGGGGGCAGGAGUUUGGGAGCAGGCAACAUUGGUUUGUUUUUUUAGUGAAACUAGCAUUGUGUGCAAUAGUUCAUUGCAUCCUGUCUAGAGCCUUUAUUUCUGAGAGCAGACUUUGCCCUACCUGUAGGUAUAAUUGGUGAUACUGCACGUUUUAAAGACGGCUGGCUGUGUUGAUCACUGAAUGUGCCCUGUAUAAAUGUGACGAGAUCAAAAAUCUAAGUCUCAUUUUUUUCCUUUUUUCCCCUCCAUCUUAAGAUGAGUCAAUCAGACAGCGGAGUUGAUCUCAGCAGUGAUUCCCAGCUCUCUUCCAGCAGUUGCAGCCAACGUAGCUCCCCUGAUGGUGGGAUGAAACCUGAAGGAGGGAAGAGAUCUGGACACCCAGUGUCCACUGGGCAAUCACAACAGGGACACCCCCAAGUAAGGCAUCUAGUUCUGUCAGUGUGUCCACCCCACUUCUCACUUUCUAUGUCUUUCUGUUCUCCAUGUUCACUGUCCUCUGUGUUCAUCCUUCCUAGGUGAUGGUUCCUCCCCCUGAUCCAAUUGGAAUGGAGCGUGCCCAGAAGCCCAUGGCAGAAGGUCCUCUUGGACCUAGUGCUCCCUCUUGCCUUCCAUCUGCUCCACACUCCCCCAGUCCUCAGGUGAAUAACAAUCACAUCUCAAAUUCGGUCUCCUUUUUGCUUUCAAUGCUGCAUCUAACCCUGUCUUCCUCCCCUUAUUUCCUUUAGCUAGUAAUUUAUACUCCCUCUUUCUUUUAUGAAAGGAGCCCUGUCACCCAGCUGACAGCACGAAGUAUGGCAGAGAAAAGCAAGGUGGUUCUAGUCAGCAGUCAUGUAUGGUGAGAGGAACAUGUUUUAUUUCCAUUCUGGACUUUCUCCUCCUUGCCUUACUGGCCAUUUAGCUUUCUGCUAGUCCUCCCCUUCUUUCUGUCUAAUAUGGACUCCUGCUUUCUCUCUUCCUGUCACAGCCUGUCCUGUACUAUCAGAAAUUUCCCUUCUCUCACAUCUGUAGCAACUAUUUCACUAUUCUGAUUGUAUAACAUCAUACAAUUGUUUUAUAAUUUUCGUAUCUUAUAUGUCUGCUUUCUCUGUAGUUAUCAUACUGCUAACUAGUCCUGUCUGCCCACAGACUUCCAUCCCUUGUUAUCAGGCCAAAUUAUUUUCUGCAUCAUUUGCAUGGCUUCUGGCUUUGCCAAAUUCUCUGCAACAAAACACAGCCUGUGCCCCUAAAUCACUUUUCCUUUUAUCACUCUAAAAGGUCAAGGUUUUUUUCUGUAUUCCAUCCAUUAUUAAAGUAACACUUUAAGCACCAUAACCACUCAUCCCAGAGCUUAGCAGUACCCUGAGAGCGCUUGGGUGAUGCUCUCUUCAAAUAAGCAACGUUCUGCUUAGCUCUGGAUGGAAGUCUGUAGUCAAGUUAUCAAAGCGUACUAAAACAAGUUGGCAAAUUAUAUUUUACUGCUUUAGCAGACAAUAGGGGUUAUGAUGCUUGGACUAUUACUUUAACCCAGACUGUCCUCAUGUUUACAUUGAUCUCUCUCUGACUAGUAUGAGCAUCGUAUGACUUGGUCCUCUAUCAAUAAAGAACAUAACUUAAAAGCUGUUGAAUAUGUUUGUGGGUUUAGUCUUCCAUAUAUGUCAUUUAUGCAUUGACCAGCACUCUGCACUUCAUUAUACAGGCCUGAUUGGAUGUAUGAAAGAUGAAUGCAGUGGUCACAUUCUUCAUUGUCUUUUCCAGGUGGCCUCCUCUCCUCGCACAUGGGAUAUUCCUCCUCAAUUAGCUACAGCUGAGCACCAGAUGGACCACCGACAACUGGCUCUCUCACCCAGCCACCCAGAAGGCUCGAGACACCCAUUACCAGGUAUGGAAUUUUAUAGUGUGUGUGUGUGUGUGUAUAUAUAUAUAUAUAUAUAUAGAGAGAGAGAGAGAGAGAGAGAGAGAGAGAGAGAGAGAGAGAGAGAGAUAUCUUCAAUGUGUUGUGAAAAUCCCAAUAAAAUCCAUUUUAGUUCCAGUCAAUAACACUACAAAAUGUACAGAACAGAGAGAAAUAUUUUCAGGCGUCCUUCUUUUGCAGAAACCUAAAAGGGGAAAUUCCACCGAAUCUGUUAUUCCACUGUCUCCUAUUGACAUGAGACCACGAGUGAUUACCGUAUAUAUUCGACUAUAAGCUGAAUUUUUCGGCACAUUUUUUGUGCUGAAAAACCCCCACUCAUCUUAUACUCGAGUCAGUGUCUGUAUUAUGGCAACUUACAUUGCCAUAAUACAGACCAGGACCGCCGGGCUCAUUACAAGCCAGGCGGUCCUGUUGGGGGCUGGCAGCGAGCUGUAACUUACCUUUCCUGUCAGCUCCCUUCUCCUCCAUGCAGCUCUCCUGUCAGCACCCUUCUCCUGCGUUUCAUUCAGCUCCCCUGUCAGCUCCCACUGUAAGUCUCGCGAGAGCUGCGGGGUUAGAGCCGUGGCAAUGCUCCGCGCGGCAGUCACACCGCAAGACUUACAGUGGGAGCUGACCGGAACACAGGAGAAGGGAGCUGACAGGGGAGCUGCAGGAAAGGUAAGUUACAGCUCGCUGCUAGCCCCCUUAUAUUAAAUUUAAAUAAUAAAACAUUUAAUUAUAUUAAAAUAAAAAUAUUAAACUUUUUUUAAUAUUAAAAUAAUAAUAAUGAUAAAAAAAAAAAAAAAUGCCCACCCCCACCAAAGUUACACACUCUGCAUCACAUACACACACUCUGCAUCACAUACACACACUCUGCAUCACAUACACACGCACUGCAUUAUAUACACACGCACUGCAUUAUAUACACACGCACUGCAUUAUAUACACACGCACUGCAUUAUAUACACACGCACUGCAUUAUAUACACACGCACUCUGCAUUAUAUACACACGCACUCUGCAUUAUAUACACACGCACUCUCUCUGCAUUAUAUACACACGCACUCUCUCUGCAUUAUAUACACACACACUCUCUCUGCAUUAUACACACACACACUCUGCAUUAUAUACACACACACUCUGCAUUAUAUACACACACACACACUGCAUUCGUCAUAUACACAAAAUAAAUAUUCAAUUAAUGUAAUUUUUUUGUGGAUCUAAUUUUAUUUAGAAAUUAACCAGUAGCUGCUGCAUUUCCCACCCUAGUCUUAUACUCGAGUCAAUAAGUUUUCCCAGUUUUUUGGGGUAAAAUUAGGAAUCUCGACUUAUAUUCAGGUCGACUUAUACUCGAGUAUAUACGGUAUAUAAUGAGCAGAGCUCAAAACUUCAAGUCCUAUGCCUACUAGCCAGGCCUGAAAGUUACUGGCCACUGCCAGCCUAGUCCUGGCACACUACAUGCAAGUGGAAAUUCUGAACCAUGGAAUUAAGAAGCCAUGUUGUUUUCAUUAUAUAAUGCUGAGGCGUUUUCUGGUCAUGGAGCAGGAUUAACAACUCUGCACAUAUUUAUAGGGAGAGCUGCUGAGUGCCUGUUGCCUAAAUGUUUUAGUGCAGAGCGUAUUUGAUGCACAGUAGGUUGGGUUCUCUUUGAUUCUGGUUUGGACAUGCACUCAGACUCCAUGAGUCUUAGUAUUUCUGUUGCCGAAAAAGGCAUUUUAAUAGUUUGUAUUUCCAUCUUUCAGAUGAUCGCAGUCAGAGAAUCUUUUCCAACCAGUACUACCAGGUAUGUGAUUAUCUAAUAAAGAGGGGAGCUUAUUCUAAAUCUGUGACGUUUGUGUUAAUGGACCACUAUAGACACCCAGACCACUUCAACUCAAUGAAGUGAUCUGGGUGCCAGGUCCUCCUAGUUUUAACCCUGCAGCUGAAAAUAUAGCAGUUUCAGAGGAACUGAUAUGUUUACACUGCAGGGUUAAUCCAGCCUCCAGUGGCUGUCUCCCUGACAGCUGCUAAAAGGUUCUUCCGAGAUUUACACUUAGUAAAUCACACUUAUUUGACGCUGGACAGCCUCACGGAGUCCAGCGUCAAAUAAGAUCUUCAUUGGACAGCAUUGAGUAAUGCUUUCCUAUGGGCGGAUUUGAAUGCGCGCGUGCCACUGGCCGCGCAUGCGGCUCUCCUCGUAGUGUUUUCGUAGCACUAUAGGAUCCCUUUAAGUAAAUUGGUUAUUUAUAAGAGGCCUUUCUUUCAGCUCGAUCUUCAUGUCACCACUACGGGCAAUGGGUAUAGACCUGGGACACCGUCUCUGCAGCAGUACAGGUAUAUGAGUUUCACCUUUCACUCUCUCCCCCCACAUAUUCCCCCUCCUCUCAAUGUUAUCUCUAUUCUGUCUUUCUUAUAUCUAAUACUUGAUUAUUUGUUGUUUUUGCGUAUUACCCACAUAUCUCCAUACUGUUUUUUUAUUUUCUCAGAUCCCAGCCUCUGUACCUGCACGCAGCUCCGUCCCCAGGCUCGUCACCUGCUCUGCUUCCUGGCUCUGCUGUCCUUUCUGGCAUUGCCCUGAAAGGCCAGUAUGUGGAUUUCAGUGACCUGGCAAAGGUACCUGCAGGGAGCCUUCUGUACCCUGCGCCUGCGUUUCUCUACAGCGGCCAUUACUGCCCUGCCCAGGUUAGCACGGACCAGCAGCAGCCGCUUAUGCAGGUGAGACGGGAUGAGAAAUUAAGGACUUUUGGUUUAUUAUUAUUAUUAUAAUUAUUGCUUGGCGUCUAAUUACAUGGCUGCUAUGUGAGAUGUAGUACUGUGUGUUUAUAUCCUAGACAUCGAUUUUAACAUUGUUCCAUAAUAGGUUCAUUGCAGUUUGUUUGUGUCUAAUUAUCUGAAUUAAAUUCUGACUUAUAUAUUCUUUUCUCUUAGGUCAGACAGGAUAUGACCUCAGCCUCUGAUUAUUACUCUCCUUCCCUUCAUCACACAGGGCAGGGAGGAUAUCUGCCGCCAGCUGCAACCCAACAGGUACUAAAUUCUCGCUUAGUUAAGAGUCAGGAUGAGCCUGUCAGGCAUGAAAAGAAAGGUGAUAGGAGAGACACAGAUUUAUGGUCAUCUUAGCCCUGGGUUGUUACCAUUGUGAGUCAGACAUGUCUGCAGGCAAAGCAAAGUAGUAAAUUUACAGGCAAUAUACUUCAUACAUGAGGGGCAUUAUCUACGGUGGUUAAGUAAAUAUGCCGGUAUGCAAGUGACAGCUAGCGUCGAGCAGGAUCCUGCUCUGCUACCAGUCUCUGUGUGAGGUCUGACUAGGGGAACCUGCCUAGAACAAUUAAAAGAAAUGGGCAGUGGGUCCUGUGACCUGUCUCCCUCUCUCCCAGCGCUGGAGCCCUCGGGCAUCUGGCUUUAAGGUCCUCCGUUGAGGUAGUUAUCUUGCUUGCGGCUCAUAAGGCUCCGUGUUGUGGGAGUGGAUGGUGAGGAGUCACAAGCCGCCGCCAUCUUGCAGGAUAGGCCUCGGAUGUUUCUUGCACCCCAGUCACCUCACCCCUCAUGCUCUCCCUAGUAGGGACCAGAAUGACCCCCCGGCCAAAGAGGGGGAAACGGGACCGGCAAGCCGCUUUGGCAGUCGACGUGUGGCAGCCGGGGGGGAGGCCCCCUACCGAGUAGGAUAAUAAUUACAUACUCUCUAAUCCUACCAUUGUCAGCCUAAAUCCAGUCUUCCAGAGAAAUUGUAGUCUGUGCAAGCCCAGCUGGUCAAUUUUAUAUUUAAAAAGUGGACUCUUUCAAAUGGUGAAAAAAUCACUAUAACCACGCAAUCUCUCUCUGCCAUCUCCAACGUUCACAUGAUAAACAAACUGAUGGUGAUUUUAACCCCUUUGUUGUCUGUGUAUAUAGGGGCAUGUAUUGGUGUUCGAUGCAGUGGAACAAUCACUAUCUGUGUGCCAUUGAUUAGCUACAUACCAGCUAUAUUGGUUCUCCUUUUUGUAAUAUAGGUUGGACCUGCUGCUUUGAAUGGUUUGGCAGGUUAUAUCCCAACCUAUUGGGCUGGUGUGACAGCUUAGGCCUCUUAAGGCUCUUCUAGAGACAAAGCUCUCUUUGCUUGAAAUCGUUGAGUUGGGAUGCGGAUGAACAUGUUUUUUUUGGCGUCUGGAAAUAUUUAUACCAAUUCAGGCUUGCUUAGCUUAAUAAAAAAUAUUUUUUAAAAAGUAUAGCAAUCUAUUGGCGUGAGGACUAUUACCGAGGUGUUAAAAAAAAUCCACUGUUGUGCCUGUAUCUUUAAAGAAUGGCUCUCUGGCCCCCCACUCCUUCCCUAUAUCGCUGGUAAAAGUAGGGCUGAAUUAAGUUAAGCGUGCCGGAUAUUUGGACAUUGGGGGGGAAAUGAAAAUCUUUCUCAUAUUCCAUGGUUUUAUUUAGCUCUACCUAGUACUCUAGGCCCCCAUUGGUCACCCUGGGAGACGUCUACUUUCUGGCCUGUUUUCUAUGGUUCUUAUUGCUGGCUUAGGCUGGCCCUGAUAGGUAUACUGAAUUCCUGUAAUAAUUUUCAUGCCCACAGAGAGUCAGAUUCAGCUUUCCAUAAUAGCACAGAGAGCAUGAUCAAGCUCCUACUUUUCCACAUUGCCGGUGUAUGGAUGAAAAGCCAGAACUCUGAACUAAACCUAACUGCCCUUGUCUGUAGGGUUAACUAGCCCAGUACUCCUACUCACAGGUUGGCAGCUGGAACCAGUCUGAUGUGACUGCUGUUUCUUUUUUGAUCACUGACAUUUCUCUUGACUUUUAUCAUGUUUUUUUUUUCUGUUUUUCAGUUGCAUGUUUUUGCCACUAGAAGGCAUAAUAGAAUAACAUUUGAAUGAGAUAUUCCUAAAUUGUGAGGGUUUAUUUACGGAAUACCACAGUGAAUUGAAUGCAAAGAUUUCAUCAAAAAGUGUAAACAUUCUGCAGCCUUUUUGGGGUACAGUAAAACAUGUUUUUUGCAGUGUGAUUGUGUCACCUCUUUGUUGGACCCAAUUGUUACUUGCAUUAUUGUGCCCAAGUGCAUCAUAUUAAAACAUGCAAAAAUCUGGUUUUAUUGCUUUACCUUUAUCACGGACAGCGAGAGGUGCACUGAUAAUAUAUUCUGUAUGUGUUUUGAAAGAUAAAUAUGGGUUUGAUCUCGAAUCAGUUUUUUAGACCUCCCUGUUUAAUUUAUUUCUCUCCCUUGCAGGUUCUUCUCUCCAUGGUGGACUCCUCCCUUCCAGUUAUGGGAUUUGGUUCUCUCUCUUCUGCACCACAGCAGCCUCCCCUUGUUCCCAUGGGACAAGCAAUGCAGCCUCUCCAGCAGGUGUCUGCUUCAGACAGAUCCCAAUCCCACCUGAGAAAUGAGGUGAGUCCUUCCAUUGUAGUUGCACUAGUAGUAGCUGUCAUAUAUUAAUAUAUGUGCUCCAGCCGUGGUAUCAGUAUCCAUUAUUUUAGUUUGUUUAACUCCGUAUAAGCCAAAUCUGACAGUUUAUUAUUAUUUAUAAAGUGCCAACAGCGCUGUACAAUAGGUGGAUUAAGAAACCUGUAUUGUAUUUGCAACAAGACAAGUUGGAUGCACAGGAACAGAGGGGGCUCAGAUCCCUGCUCAAACGAGCUUACAUUCUACAUUGUAAAAUGAAUGUUCAUAUUUGCAAGAACAAUGUAAAGAUCGUAUAUUAAAUGCUCUAAAGUGCCACUGUGUCUUAAAAAAUAAGAAAAUUACACAUUAAUGUGCAUUUGAAUGCAAAUCAUGAUACAGAUGACACCGAUAAGGAGGGGGAAGUAAGCGGAUCUGUUUCAUAAUUAUAUGUCGCAGUUUCAGACACAGUCGCCUGAUAUAAAGCAGCCAGAGGAUCACAGGAGGGCUGUGGGAGGAGCCGGACCUUGUAUCCAAUCAUCAGGAGGAAGGUAAUGGCAACCAAUGGGGGCAGCAGGUUGUUCCCUUCUGAACCUUGGUUGUGAUUGGAGUAUAGGUGUUAGAGUACCUGUACACGUCUGUUCUCUCUGCACGGACAGGCACAGGACCCCUAAAACCAAACACUGUAACGCAGGAUGUCAUACAAUGAUAAAUGCAUGCCGCAUAACUCUAUAAAACAAGAUCCUACUCUUCUGUAUAAAUCUUUGUAGAGACUUUAAAACAUCCCAUAAUAACAUCCCAUAAUAACACGUUUUCUAAACUCUGUAUUUUGGUAACACAGUUAUCUGCUUUGUCAUGCCAGAACAGCUGAUUUGAUUUGGUUGAUGCUGAGAUUUUAAUGAUUUUUCACUAAUGCUAAAGUGUUUUGUUUUUUCCAUUUUAAAAAGGUCGAAAUCUUCAAAUUCAAACUAUGGAAUUGUCCGAAAUCAACGUUUUGAUGUGUAUCAGCAGGUGGGUUUGAUUUCCAAGGUUUGUGAUUACGUGUAAUUAAGGCUGGAAGUUCCAAUAUGGUUUUAUUUUCAUGUUGAUGGAGAGCACCACUGUACUUUGUAAAAUGUAUACGCUGAAGGAAAGACGACCAUUACAGUCACCCUGACUCUUUCAUCUCAUUUAAAUGGUCGUGGUGUUGAAGUCCUGUCCUUUAGCUCUGCAAUGUAAAACCUUUCUGUUUUGUUUUUUUUUUUGUUUGUUUUGGAAACCGCAAGGAUUACAUUGCAGGGUUAAAUCCACCGCUAGUGGCGGUUUUCCUGAAACUUGAUCCUAGAGAAUGCUGCUAAAUGGCACCAUUUGAUUGGAGGUGCGCUGCACAUGCAUUCUCCAAUCCAAUGCUUCUCUGUGAGAAGCACUGGAUGAAACCAUAUCGCAGGUAAUGUCAGCAUGCAUGUUGACAGUGGCAGAUCUGGGGGCUGCAGCUUUGGAGUCUCAGCACGGGAAAAAUAGUUAUCUUUACUUAAAUUACAUUUUACAAAGCAAAGUGUGGUAGACAAUGAUCACAUUGCUAUUUUUGGGCCCAUAGGUUCUCUUUACUCAAGGUGGUUAUAAGUGAGCUGCCAGGAUAGUAAAUUUAUUAGUCUCUGACUUUCCUACAAACUAAGUACUUCCAUCAACAGGAAGUGAAUGCAUAAAGGGAAACAUGGCAUGUCUGUCAACUCUACUUGCACAAAGUCAAAGCAAAAAUUAAGCAGAAUUGUUAGACCUGUUGACUUUACAAAAAAAUGAAUUCCUACAGCUGUCUUGUGCGGGAAUGGACGGCAGGAACGUACCCAGCUCUCUACUACAAAUCCAAUGAUGUUUUGGAAGGUUGGCUCAGCGUCAUGUUACUCAUAGACCCAUAAUGCUCACCCCUGGCCUACUGAUAAAAUAUUGUUUGGGGCAAUAAUUGCAUUUUAUGCUAAUUGGGAUUAAUAUACUUUUACUGAUGGAGAAAGACAUUAAUCCCCUCGUCAAUAAAUGUAACCCUGGAUUGGAAUACUGGGCUGCAAAUAGGAUCUUCAUGCUACCAACUUAUUCAUUUACUGUCUGGAACUGUUCCUGUGCUGCAUAAUACUCAGGUCUCAAAACUUCCACUAGCCAUCGGUGAAAGUUACCCCUGGUGAGUAUGCUAUAGCUUGCAGGAGAGAGUAACUUUUAUGGCCUGACUAAUAUCAAAUUGUAAUCCUUGAUUUAAUAAUGAUCUGCUUCCUCUAAUUUCCCAGGCUCUACCUCCCGAAGCCUCACGCUGGACACUGAGAUCUUGGGACAGACCACCGACUCGGGAUGCUGAACCCCAUAAUGCCAGAGACGCUCAGAGCAGUUCCACCCCUGCCCCUCGAGACCCCUGAUUUACCCUGCCACUUGAUCCUUUAAAGUAGCCCGGCAAAAUCAGACGUAAUAUUUUUUUCUCUUGGCAGAAUUAAUGGGAAACAUUUGUGAUGGGGAAAUAGAAACUAGGGGGGGAGGGAAAGGGGUCUCCUGUCUGGUCGAACUGGCUUGAAAUAUUGUAAUUCCCCAUGAUAUAUUAAAGUCCAGACUCUCACUGCUAUAUUUUCCUCCUCCCCUCUUUCAAUACUCCUCUGCAACUUAAUUUUUUUUUUUUCCUGCCCAUUUUUUUUUCUGACAAAUAAAGAAUAUUUUCUCCCAUACAUUCUGUUUAUUUAAAUGCAAACUAAAAGAAAGUAUUAAAUUGAUCUCGCUAGUUCUUAACACACAUAUAUAUAUAUAUAUCUAUAUAUAUCUGUCUGUAUACACAGACAGCAGAAAUGUGAACAGAUUAUAAAAAGCUAUAUAGAUAUAUGUAUAUACAUAGGUAUAUCAUUAACCAUGUAAAUCAUGAUUUCAAUAUAAAUAUAUCAUUAAAGAGCAUUUAACUUA